GUGAGGGCCGAGGGCGGAGGGGUCUCGAGGCGGGGAAGGGCGGCCCUUCCCCUCGGCCAGCCAGGGCGCGUGUCUCGGUGCAGCGCGGGUCCCAGCGCUUGGGGCGGGCGGGGUGAACUGAGCGCCGGGCCACUCUGGGCCCGCCGGAUACCCGGCGCCGGGCAGGAGGAAACGAAGAGGCCAUGGCCCCGGGGGUGCCUGCUCCGGUUCCUGUGACAUUUGACGAUGUGACCAUGUAUUUCACAGAGGAAGAGUGGAGCAUCUUGGAGGAGUGGCAGAAGGAGCUUUAUAAGGAUGUAGUAAAGACCAAUUAUGAGAUCUUGGUCUCACUGGGCUUUGCCAUUCUCAAACCAGACUUGAUAACCCAGAUUGAACAAGGGGAAGAGCCAUUCAUCAGAGAUCCAGGACACUUGAACACAAGAGAACUGGCCAGUGGUUCCAGUGCUGAUGAGCAUCCUGACAUGAAGAGCACACAGGGGCAGCUGUCUUCUGGGAAUUCUAGAUCUUCAGGUUCAAAAGAGCAGGAAAACCUUCAAAACCAGAACUCAUCUUGGCUCUUACCAUUCCGUUGUAGUGAGUGUAACAAGGGCUUCACCCAUAAGUCUCAACUAGCCAAUCACAUCAGGGUACACAGAGAGAAGAAGCCCUUCUUCUGCACUGAGUGCAACAAGAACUAUGGCCGGAAGGACCGACUGCUCAGGCACCAGCGCCUGCACACAGGGGAGAGACCCUUCCAGUGCCCAGAAUGUGACAAGAGCUUCCACCAGAAGGGGCAUUUGCUCAGGCAUCUGCCCCUGCACACGGGGGAGAGACCCUUCCAGUGCCCAGAGUGUGACAAGAGCUUCCGAGUGAAAGCUGACAUGAAGGCCCACCAGCGCCGGCAUAGUGGGGAAAGGCCUUUCUCCUGCAGUGAAUGUGGUAAGGGAUUCACCAAACAUUGUCAUCUCAAUGAGCACAUCAGAUUGCACACUGGGGAGAGGCCCUUCGAGUGCCCAGAGUGUGGCAAGACCUUUCGCCUGAAAGCAGACAUGAAGGGUCACUUGCGAAUACACAGCAAAGCCAGGUCAUUCUGCUGCAGCGAGUGUGAUAAGGCAUUCCCCAAGCAGUCCAAGCUCACAGCCCACAUUAAGGUGCACACCAAGAAGCAGCACUACAAGGGCCUGCUGUAUGGACUGAUGGACCUUGACUGGAGUUAAAACAAAACCUCUGGCAUACAAGGGGUGGAUAUCAAAUAUACCCUCCCAGUCAAAGAGUUACAGUGGGAAGGGACUUCAAAUAUCAUCUAAUCCAAGCUCCCUACAACAUCUUUGACCAAUGGUCUUUAGACCUCUGCUGGAGCACCUCUAGGAAACAUACUACCUCAUGAGGCAGGCCAUAUUCCGUCUGGGAUAGCUCUGAUUGCUGGGAAGUUCUUAGAUUGUGCUAGAAUCAGGCUCCCCAUUACUUCCACCUAUUUUUUCAGAUCUUUCUAGAACCAAGCAGAAGCUAAGUACCUUGUUCAUAAGGCAGCUCUUCAACUAUUCAGUGAAGUCUGGCCAUUAAAGUUGGUGAUCAAACUCUGAUGCUGUUUUUUUUUUCCAAAAACAAGGUAUAACUGAGAAUGAGACUAUGUGCCUCAUAAGCUAGCUCUGAAGAAGUUGUCACCUCUUCAGAUGUCACAGUAUCCCUUCCAUUGGCAAAUCCCUUCUCACUUAGCACGCCCUAAAAACCAAAGAAAUUCCUCUUGAAAGCGUGAGAGAGAAGCCUGAAUAUAGACUAGUUUGACAGGAACAGGAACCUUCCUCCUGCCCACCUCAGACCUGUACAGAUGAGGUCAAUGGCCACAUGGGCACUUUGUAGCCCUUGUAUAGUGUAGUCCUGAAUGAAUACAAUUGUGUUUGAGGCAUUGGUUGCUGAGGUGGUUUUUGUUUUUUGCUGUAGUUUUGUUAAUGACACAACCGUAAAUAAAACAUCUCUGAGUUUGAGCUG